CUGUUCCUGCCUCUAACCUCCUCCUCCUCACAACCCCCCGCUCAGGGCCCGCUUACCCCCCCCCCUCCUCCCCAAAGCCGGGCCUAACCCCCCCUGCCCGCCUUAGGCCUGCGCCCUGGCUCACCUCAGGCCUUGCCCCCCCCAUCCCCUCAGCGACCCCCCCCCCCCCCCCUCCCCUCACCGCGUCCCCCACCGCCCCCCCCUCCUCCCCUCCCCAAACCUGGUCCGGCGAGCCGGACAGACAGACAAACAGACAGACAGAGAAGGUGCUCUCGGGAAGAGGCGGUUACUGGACCUUUCGUCCGGGCCGUGGUGGUGUUGGAGCGGCGGCCGGGGGAGGCUGCAGCUGCCGCUGUCGUGGUGGUGGCGGCGGAAAUUGCCGAAGGUGAACGGAAGAUGGCGGUAACGCCCGAAGAGUGCCGAGGAGGUUACGAGCGUCCCGGGUGCUGCUGGUGGGGAUGAAAGGACUCGGAGCCGAAGUGGCCAAAAACCUCAUCUUAGCGGGAGUCAAAGGUUUAACCAUGUUGGACCAUCAACAGGUCUCUCCGGAGGACACGCGCGCUCAAUUCUUGGUCCCUGCCGGCUCCUUGGGCCGCAACCGCGCGGAGGCAUCGCUGGAGCGGGCACAGAACCUCAACCCUAUGGUGGACGUCAAAGCCGACCCCGAAAACCUGGAGAGCAAACCCGAGGAGUUUUUCACCCAAUUCGACGCCGUGUGUUUAACCUGUUGCUCCCGCGACGUGAUGGUGAAAAUCAACCAGAUUUGCCACAAAAACAGCGUCAAAUUCUUCACCGGCGACGUUUUCGGCUACCACGGUUACAUGUUCGCCGACCUGGGGGAGCACGAGUUCGUGGAGGAAAAAACCAAAAUCAUCAAAGUCAACCCGGGCGUGGAAGACGGACCAGACACCAAAAAAGCCAAAUUGGACUCAUCCGAGACCACGAUGGUGAAAAAACGCGUGGUUUUUUGCCCACUGAAGGACGCUCUGGCCGUGGAUUGGAGCGGCGAGAAGGCCAAGGCGGCUCUGAAACGCACCACCCCCGAUUAUUUCCUCCUCCAAGUUCUUUUGAAAUUUCGGGCGGAAAACGGGCGGGAUCCUUCGCCCCAAAGUUACGCCCGAGACGCCGAAUUGUUGCUCCGGAUGCGCCGCGACGUGUUGGACGCGCUGGGGGUCGGCGCCGAUUUGUUGCCGGAUGAAUUUGUCGGCUAUUGCUUCUCCGAAAUGGCUCCAGUGUGCGCCGUGCUCGGGGGCGUCUUAGGCCAGGAGGUUGUUAAGGCCCUGUCCCAGCGUGACCCCCCCCACAACAAUUUCUUCUUCUUCGACGGUAUCAAAGGCAACGGGAUCGUGGAGCGUUUGGGCCCCGGUUGAACCGGGGGGGGGGGUUUUGGGGUGACACCCCCCCCCCCAAAGGGAAUGGGUGAAGUUUGGGGUGCAGGCGGCACCCCUGGGUUUGUCUUGGGGGGGGAAGGGGGGGGUUGGGUUAAUAAAGUGUUGUUUGUAUAAA